AUGGUGAAAUGGAAGAGAGAAAACGUCCCAGACCACAAGUUUGAUUUUGUGGAUGUUAGGGAAUUUGAAAGACCGGAUUGCUUAUACAGAAUGCGGUACUCAUGGGUAUUCUUUACCGUCCUAAAGUCUGUGUUGGUUUAUGUUGCAGAUUUGUGGACGGCCUCUGCUUUAUUGCUAACGGACAAGUGGGCUGGAGCCAUAAAGCCGGAGAUACCUUUUGAAUAUUCAAAAUGGAUUUUCGUGGGUUCAAUAGUUGCAUCUUUUAUUCUCUUAACAUGGGAAAUUAAAAAAGCAAAUGCCGUAAUAUCAUCCAGAGAUAUUUCUGUUGCCUAUACCAAUAUUAUCGCCUAUCGAUAUUAUACAAUGAUGAGCUAUGCCCACUGGUGCUUCUUUCUAGCAAUAAGAGAAAGACAAAAGAGAAUAGAUAAAAUAGCUUUUUUCGUUUACUUUGGAUUUAAAGGAUGGAAACGUCUUUUAUUUUGCGAUGGACCUCGCCAAGUGAUCAAUUUUAUAACAUUAUUUUCUUUAUUCCAAGAACACAACUAUUCUCAUAAUUUGAAUGCCUACGGAUCAGUUUAUAGAAAGACUGCCAUGGGAAUUAUGGCUUUCACUGUCGCAAUAUUUGUCUGUUCCAUUGGUUUAUUACUAUUGGCAUUUAUUUUAUAUCUGCCUUUGCUCUGUAAAAUUCAAGGGAAUUUGAAAGAAUACUGUUGUUUUAGGAUCGACAAGAGAAUUUCCGAACUUCUUGCUAAGCAGAGAGCAAGACGAAUCAAGGAAACAAGUAAAGAGCAAAAAAUAACUAUUCAGCCAACGUUACCAGAAAUCGAGGAUGUUCCCCAAAACCAAACACUUGCAAUCCAAAAUUAUCCAUCGCCUCCUAUUUCAUCGGGACAAUAUAUCCAACAAAAUCAACAUAAUGCCUGGUAUUCCGCAAAAGAUUCAGCAUCUAUUCCUAUACAUACGCAUGAAACACCUUACGAUAUGCCGUCUGCACCUCAUGUGCCUCCAUUACCGCCAAAAAAUGUUUCUUAUUAUUCGAAUCCACAUCCGAAUAAGAUGCAAAAUUUUCAAUAUUCAGAUGAAGCAUCAUUACCUUAUUCCCAAAGCCAAUAUAACUAUAAACCGGAUUCUCAAAGCAUGCCACUUACAAGCCCGCAAGAUGUUGCGUACCCAAUGCCCAGUCGUAAUAUUCACGCCUAUAAUGCACCAUCACAAUACUACAAGGAAUAUUUAUCGGAGGAAAUACCAACAGACUUUACACGAGCGAACUCACGAGAGAAUCUCAAGUCAUCAUCUUCAACGACACUCGUUAGUAAUAGUAGCUUUAGCAGCAAUAGGAGUGAUGGCGCAAGCAUGCAAACUAAUAGUCAACCAUUGUUGGGACGAUACGGUCAAGAUCGUACGAAUCGCAGACGGUACGAUAAUUAUACACUUCAGGGAGGUGGAAAAAAAUGA